AUGGGGCUGGCGAUCUUGAGACCUCCAGGAACGAAUGUGAAGCGGACCCGACUCCCGGACCCAGAAGGAAACAACAAGCGAGGCCCGCGACGGGCCCGUCCACGUGGAAGCCUUCGCAGGGAGAAAAGACGUCCACAUGGAGCCUCCAUCGCUGAGACCAGACUCCCGGGCCCCACUGGAGCUCCCGACGCCGAGACCCGAUUUGCGGAACCCACUGGAGAGCCCGACGCCGAGAUCCAACCUGCGGAGGACGAGUUCCGAGGACCAACCCGACGAGAGACCCGACCUGAGGUUACCGAGUCCCGAGGCCCAAUCCGAAGAGAGGCCGAGUCCCGAGACCGGCCCCAACGCGAGGGCCGACUAACCAGGGCACUACUCCGGGGUCCCUCUCGAUCGGAAGUCCGACCCUAUGGAGCAUCCAGUUCAGAGUCCCGACGCCGAGGCCCUCCCAGAUGCCCCUACUUACCUACUGAGGCAGCUCACUCCUCUUCAGGACACUUAGAACUCGAUGGAAGCAACAACUUACCUCACAAGACAGCUGUAUCCACUCCAGGUCUGACAAGAUUACCUCCCAGUCCAGGUGAAUCCACUCCAGUUCUUCCAAGCGAGGGAAAUUCCACUGAGGCAAUUAGGGUAACCACCUCCUUCGUCGCAUUAGCAACAGCCACCGAACAAACACUUAACGGAAGCUCACAGACUGAGAAUAAUGGACACCACAUGUCAGAGGCUGAGAUGCCAUCUGGUGAAAAGUCACAGGGGAACAUUGAGAAACACUUUCAAACAAGGCUGAGACGGGCAGAAUGGCACCUGGUCCAAGACCUGCGUAAGGUCAAUGAUAUAGUGGAGCCACUGCAACCCGUGGUCCCGAACCCCGCUACCAUCCUCAGUAACAUCCCGGCCAACUCCUGUAUUUUUACACUCAUAGACCUCCAGCAUGCAUUUUUUGCAAUUCCCUUAUCCCCCGAAUCGCAGUACCUGUUUGCUUUCACCUUCCAAGAUCUUUCAGAUAAAGCCUUCCAGCCAGCAGACUUAAACCUGUAUGUCGACGGCAGUUCCUCCGUUACAGAACAGGGAAUCCGCCUUUGCGGCUACGCUGUAGUAGAUGACUCCCACGUUGCGGAGUCUGCAUCUUUGCAGCCCCCAGUCUCUGCCCAAAAGGCAGAACUUUUCAUCCUUACCAGAGCCUGUGGUUUAGCCAAGGACAGAGUGAAGAGCGCAUUUACGCAGCAGGAGGGAAAUGAUGCGGAGUUGCCUAACCUGGAAAUUGGAGAGUCGAUGCUGAUACAGCACUGGGAACGACCGAAGCUGGGACCUCGGUGGAAAGGCCCCUUCCAAGUACUACUCCAGACCCCUACAGCGGUGAAACCUACCCUGAGGGACCUUGUCAAAUGCCCAACAGUCACUGAUUUUGGGCGCACAGGAAUCUGUCAGACUAAGAACAAUGCACUCUCCAUACCAGCAUCAGAGACAAACUCUGGUGAAAAGCCACAGGGGAUCAUUGAGCAACAGAUGCAAACAAGGCUGAGAAUGUCACUUGGUGAAAUGAGGAUUCUGCUGCUGAUCCUGUGUUCCCUGAGUUCCCAUCCCAGUGUGCAGGAAGGUGAGGUGACCAGGACCACCUGUUUCACCAGGGAUGUACCCAACUGCCACGAAAGCCUGGAGAUCAAGCUCAAAAACUGCGGCGGUUACUUUGUGUACUGGCUGAAACUGACACACUGCUGUGACAACAUUUAUUGUACAGACACCCAGAUAUCCACAAGGGAACAACCUAAAGGAUCAUCCACUGGAGAGCCAACCCAGGAACCGUCCUCUGUCCCAGCAGGGGAGACAUCCUCAGACCCAGCAACUUCCUCAGGGGAACCAUCCAGAGAAUCAUCCAAUGAAGAAUCCAUACAGGAGCCAUCUUCUAUCCAAACAGGAGACACGUCGUCAGACCUGAAGACUUCCCCAAGGGAACAGCCGAGAGGAUCACCAACUGGAGAGCCCACCCAGGAACCGUCCUCUGUCCCACUGAGGGAGACAUCCUCAGACCCCCAGACAUCCACAAGGGAACAACCCAAAGGAUCAUCCACUAGAGAGCCAACCCAGGAACCGUCCUCUGUCCCAGCAGGGGAGACAUCCUCAGGCCCAGACACUUCCACAAGCGAACCAUCCGGAGAAGCAUCCACACAGGAGCCAUCUUCUGUCCCAGCAGGAGACACGUCGUCAGAGCUGAAGACUUCACCAAGGGAACAGCAGAGUGGAUCACCAACUGGAGAGCCCACGCAGGAACCAUUCUCUGUCCCACUGAUGGAGACAUCCUCAGACACGGAGACUUCCACAAGGGACCAUCCCAAAGGAUCGUCAACCAGACAGCCCACCCAGGAACCAUCCUCUGUUCCAGCAGGAGAUACAUCCUCAGGCCCAGAGACUUCCACAAGGGAACCAUCCAGAGAGUCAUCCAAUCGAGGAUCCACACAGGAGCCCUCUUCUGUCCCAGCAGGGGACACGUCCUCAGACACAGAGACAUCCACAAGGGAGCAUGCCAAAGGAUCAUCAUCCAGAGAGCCCACACAGGAACCAUCCUCUGUCCCAGCAGGAGAUACAUCCUCAGACCCCCAGCCAUCCACAAGGGAACAACCUAAAGGAUCAUCCACUAGAGAGCCAACCCAGGAACCGUCCUCUGUCCCAGCAGGGGAGAUGUCCUCAGGCCCAGAGACUUCCACAAGGGAACCAUCCAGAGAAUCAUCCAAUGGAGCAUCCACACAGGAGCUGUCUUCUGUCACAGCAGCAGACACGUCCUCAGAGCUGAAGACUUCCGGAAGGGAACAGCAGAGUGGAUCACCAACUGGAGAGCCGACCCAGGAAUUUGCCUCUGUCCCAGUGAGGGAGGCAUCCUCAGACCCCCAGACACCCACAAGGGAACAACCCAAAGGAUCAUCCACUGGAGAGCCAACCCAGGAACCGUCCUCUGUCCCAGCAGGGGAGACAUCCUCAGGCCCAGAGACUUCCACAAGGGAACCAUCCAGAGAAUCAUUGAAUGGAGCAUCCACACAGGAGCAGUCUUCUGUCCCAGCAGGAGACACGUCCUCAGAGCUGAAGACUUACCCAAGGGAACAGCCGAGAGGAUCACCAACUGGAGGGCCCAGCCAGGAACUGUCCUCUGUCCCAGUGAGGGAGACAUCCUCAGACACCCAGAUAUCCACAAGGGAACAACCUAAAGGAUCAUCCACUGGAGAGCCAACCCAGGAACCGUCCUCUGUCCCAGCAGGGGAGACAUCCUCAGGCCCAGAGAUUUCCACAAAGGAACCAUCCAGCGAAUCUUCCAAUGGAGCAUCCACACAGGAGCUAUCUUCUGUCCCAGCAGGAGACAUGUCCUCAGAGCUGAAGACUUACCCAAGGGAGCAGCCGAAAGGAUCACCAAUUGGAGGGCCCAGCCAGGAACCAUCCUCUGUCCCAGUCAGCGAGACAUCCUCAGGUACCAAGUCUUGUGUCUAUCUACACUCGGACUCAACACGGGAACUGCGGGGAGCAACAACUGGUGAACCUGGUCUUGUUUUGACCACCACCGCAGCAGGGUCUGAAAGCUCAGACACGGAGACUUCCACAAGGGAACAUUCCAAAGGAUCAUCAACCGGAGAGUCCACCCAGGAACCAUCCUCUGUCCCAGCAGGAGAUACGUCCUCAGACCCCCAGACGUCCACAAGGGAACAACCUAAAGGAUCAUCCACUGGAGAGCAAAGCCAGGAACUGUCUUCUGUCUCAGCAGGGGAGUUAUCCUCAGAGCUGAAGACUUCCCCAGAGGAACAGCUCAGAGGAUCACCAACUGGAGAGCCCACUCAGGAACUGUCCACUGUCCUAGUGAGGGGCACAUCCUCAGACCCCCAGACAUCCCGAAGGGAGCAACCUAAAGGAUCAUCCACUGGAGAGCCAACCCCGGAACCGUACUCUGUCCCAGCAGGGGAGACAUCCUCAGGCCCAGAGACUCCCACAAGGGAACCAUCCAGAGAAUCAUCCAAUGGAGCAUCCACACAGGAGCCGUCUUCUGUCCCAGCAGGAGAUACGUCCUCAGAGCUGAAGACUUCCCCAAGCGAACAGCCGAGAGGAUCAUCAACUGGAGAGCCCACCCAGGAAACGUCCUCUGUCCCAGUGAGGGAGACGUCCUCAGAUCUACACUCGGGCACAACGCGGAAUCUGCGGGCAGCAACAACUGGUGAACCUGGUCUGGGUUUGACCACCACCCCUGUAGAGUCUGAAAGCUCAGACACAAAGACUUCCACCAUGGAGCAUCCCAAAGGAUCAUCAACCAGAGAGCCCACCCAGGAACCAUCUUCAGUCCCAGCAGGAGAUACAUCCUCAGACCCCCAGACAUCCCGAAGGGAGCAACCUAAAGGAUCAUCCACUGGAGAGCCAACCCUGGAACCGUACUCUGUCCCAGCAGGGGAGACAUCCUCAGGCCCAGAGACUUCCUCAAGGGAACCAUCCAGAGAAUCAUCCAAUGGAGCAUCCACACAGGAGCCGUCUUCUGUCACAGCAGCAGACACGUCCUCAGGGCUGAAGACUUCCCGAAAUGAACAGCAGAGUGAAUCACCAACUGGAGAGCCCACCCAGGAAUUUGCCUCUGUCCCAGUGAGGGAGGCAUCCUCAGACACGGAGACAUCCACAAGGAAGCAUCCCAAAGAAUCAUCAACCGGAGAGCCCACCUGGGAACCAUCCUCUGUCCCAGCAGAAGAUACAUCCUCAGACCCCCAGGUGUCCACAAGGGAACAACCUAAAGGUUCAUCCACUGGAGAGCCAACCCAGGAGCCGUCCUCUGUCCCAUCAACGGAGAUGUCCUCAGGCCCAGAGACUUCCACAAGGCAACCAUCCAGAGAAUCAUCCAAUGGAGAAUCCACACAGGAGCCCUCUUCUGUACCAGCAGGGGACACGUCCUCAGAGCUGAAGACUUCCCCAAGGGAACAGCAGAGAGGAUCACCAACUGGAGAGCCCACCCAGGAACCAUCUUCUGUCCCAGUGAGGGAGACAUCCUCAGAUCUACACACGGAUACAUCGCAGGAACUCCGGGGAGCAACAACUGGUGAACCUGGUCUGGGUUUGACCACCACCCCUGCAGGGUCUGAAAGCUCAGACAUGGAGUCUUCCAAUAGGGAUCAUCCUAAAGGAUCAUCGACUGGAGAGCCCACCCAGGAACCAUCCUCUGUCCCAGCCGGAGGUAUAUCCUCAGACCCCCAGACAUCCACAAGGGAACAAACCAAAGGAUCAUCCAUUGGAGAGCCUACCCACAAACCAUCCUCUGUUCCAGCAGGGGAGACAUCCUCAGACCCCCAGACAGCCCAAAGGGAACAACCUAAAGGGUCAUCCACUGGAGAGCCAACCCCGGAACCGUCCUCUGUCCCAGCAGGGGAGACAUCCUCAGGCCCAGAGACUCCCACAAGGGAACCAUCCAGAGAAUCAUCCAAUGGAGCAUCCACACAGGAGCCGUCUUCUGUCCCAGCAGGAGACACGUCCUCAGAGCUGAAGACUUCCCCAAGAGAACAGCCGAGAGGAUCAUCAACUGGAGAGCCCACCCAGGAACCGUCCUCUGUCCCAGUGAGGGAGCUAUCCUCAGACACAAAGACUUCCACCAUGGAGCAUCCCAAAGGAUCAUCAACCAGAGAGCCCACCCAGGAACCAUCUUCAGUCCCAGCGGGAGAUACAUCCUCAGACCCCCAGACAUCCACAAGGGAACAAACCAAAGGAUCAUCCACUGGAGAGCCAACCCAGGAACUGUCCUCUGUCCCAGCAGGGGAGACAUCCUCAGGCCCAAAGACUUCCACAAGGGAACCAUCCAGAGAAUCAUCCAGUGGAAUAUCCACACAGGAGCUGUAUUCUGUUGCAGCAGGAGUCAUGUCUUCAGAGCUGAAGACUUCCGGAAGGGAACAGCAGAGUGGAUCACCAACUGGAGAGCCCACCCAGGAACCGUCCUCUGUCCCAGUGAGGGAGACGUCCUCAGAUCCACAGACUACCAAAGGUGAAGUUUACAGAGAGUCAUCAACCAGAGAGACGACUCAGCAAACGUCCUCUGCCCCAGAAGUAGAGACAUGCUCAGUCCAGGGUCUCCCGACAGUGGAGGAAUGUGAGAAGAUGAUCCGCGAGGCCCAGGUGUUGUACAUUGGGCAGAACAACCCGGGAAACUCCGAGGAGAUGAAGAAGCAUCUACGUAAGGUGCUGAUGGAGCAGUCCCCCUGCAAGUAUGUCCUGUCCAAGGCCAACGGUCAACAGAAGAGAAAACGCAAGAAGAGGAAAAGGAACUGAUACGGAAGAUCCUGGAUUGUGAUCAUUCAACGUAUCAUAGGAUGAUGGACUGGGAGGGGGGUGAGGGUGUGGUGGCAGUGGGGUGUUGUGUGGGGAGUGUGUGAUGGUGGUGGGGAAACCAGGCUAAAACUGUGUAAUCAUCCAUCUCAUCAUUCUGUAUUUUCUACAUUUUAUUGCAAAACAGGUUACCUUUUCAGUCUGUCGGUUACAACUUUGAUUAUUUCUCAAUGAUUGUGGGUAAUGAUUUAAUCAAAGUAAUGAAAGACACAUUCGUGUUCUUGCAAUGUGCCUCUGAUUUUCUGUGUUUCUGAUACAUCUGAUAGUACACAGUAGUGUUGAUGGAGGAGGUAUUUCUGUUUGACUUCAGCUGUGAUGUUAUGCUCAUUUAUCUAUUUCAUUAGAAGUAAUGCAAUAAAAACACAAAAUAAAUCCA